AUGGUAGCUAACCGUAUCGAUCCCUUCGUAGUGACCAAGAGUGGACCAGUUGAAGGGUUCUAUUUUGAGACCAAAAAUGGAAAUACCCAUGUGUUCCUGGGCAUUCCGUAUGCUGAACCGCCGGUGGGAGAGCUGAGAUAUGAGGUGAGGCAAGAUUAUAGGCGAAUUGGCUCAAGUAGGAUGCUCAGAUUUUGAUCAAACUUAGAACAAAUUUAGAAAAACUUUUUAUGUGAUAUAUGCAAGACUUCUAGAUGGCGUGUUUGCAGGAACGGCCUUGGUUUUUAGGUCGAAAAUUGGCAAAAAAUGUGACGUCUUUUUUGCGGAUUUUGGCAUAAAAGUUUUCUUACGUAUUUCUAAGCGUAAUACAUCCACAAAAAAAUAAAAUUUUCCGCACGAAUCUGGCAAAUUUAUGGCCAAAAAGUGUUUCUUUCUUAUCUCGGGCCCUUUUUUGUACUCUAUCAGCCACAAACAUUGCUGGAUAUCUCGGUGGCGCUUGUAAGGUACAAUCUAAAACUUUCAGGCAUCGUGCCGAUGACUGAAAGUUAUGGCCAAAGUGUGUGCAAAAUUUAAAGAAUAUUUGAGCGUCGUAUUUCGGGGUUUUUGAAGGAUUUUUCUGAAGUUGUUAUGUUGACCUUUUCCUGGCUUGGUCUCAACCCCCUUUCUCACGGUAUUUACAAUAUGAAUUUCAGCUGCCCCGUCCGCGCAAGCCCUGGACGCAACCCCUCAAAGCGAAAGAAUUUGGUGUAGCAGCGGUUCCCCAUCAUGAUUUGGGAACGAAGGUUGCCUAUGGAGAAGACUGCCUCACAAUUAAUGUGAUGUGCCCGCCAACUAGGCCAAAGACUGGUGGAUGGCCAACAGUCUUCUUCGUCCACCCGAGCGCCUACAGUGUCGGGUCGGCAAUGUGGAUGAGAUUCGAGGGAUUCUGCGAAAACAUUGUUAGUCAAGGGAUCGUGGUGGUCACUUUCCAUUAUCGACUGGGAUGGCUGGGUAAGAUAUUGGUAUUUUAAUUUUUUGGCGUAUACUAGUAUCAGACUGUCGGAAAAAUAGUGAGCGUUCUGUCGCAUCGAAAAUCGCAUCGCCGCCGAGAAAAUGAACUGCGCGGCAAAAUCAACUUCCUUUUCGCUUCGGCAACGCCACUGCAGCGACACUGCGCUCAUUAUUUUCCCGACAGGCUAAUAUUAGGUAUUACCUACGUUUUAUAUAUUCCAGGAUUUGCCUCGACCGGUGACUCUGUGAUGCCAGGCAACUACGGUCUUCACGAUCAAGCGCUAGCUCUCCGCUGGACACUCGAUAAUGUCAGCGCGUUUGGCGGAGACCCCAGCAAUCUGACCGCAUGGGAAAUGUCGACUGGCGCUGUGAGUGUUGGCCAUCUCUCGCUCUCUCCCAAAACCAGAGGCCAUUUCAAACGGCAAAUUCAAAACUCCGGAUCUGUGUUUGCGUCGUUGGCGUUGGGCGAGAAUUGCGUCGACGAAACCAGGAAGUUGGCUAGAGCGUUGGGCUGCAACUCCACCGACUCAAAGACGAUCAAGGAGUUUUUGAAACGCUGUAGCGUCAGAGAGAUUAUGGAUGCUCAAGAAAAGGUGGGGAUGGCCGAGGUGCCGUUCACAUUCAAGUGGUUGCCAAGGUUGGAUGGCGAUUUCUUUCCGAGGGAUUUGAGGGAACUGAUAAAGGAGGUCGAACCGAUACCCCUACUUACUGGAUAUGCCACGGACGAAAUGAUUUAUUUCUGUAGGUUGAUGGGGUGGCAUUAGCGACAAAAUUUUCUCUCCAUCCAGAACAAUGACAUAGGUCUUAGAACCUUGAAACUUGGUGCACAAAAUUUUUGGGACCCUUUGAUACUUGUCAUUUCAGAAAGUGCGUAGACAUUUUUUUGGCCUUUUUUUCGCACGGCGCAUUGUGCAAAUCUCGCGACGCAAUCCUUGAAGCAAUUUUGUACUGCGCAACUUCUUUUCGCCCGCGCAAAAUUCGCGUCGACUUCGUUGAGAGGCCCGCGUCGCAGCGAUAUUGCAGUUGCACGGCGCAAAAGGCCAAAAGCACGCCGCAAAAAGCGGUUUUGCUCACGGUGCGGCCCACGACGAAAAGUCACUUUGCAUUUACACCUUAUAUUUUUACAUACAGAUGCUAGUAGGCACUCUACCUUGCUAAACUGUGGAAUGAACACUGUAUUCGUUUUUCAUACUCUUCUUUCUUUUUAGAUCACGGUUUUCUGGAGGCAGUCCACAGUCUGACAAUAACGGAAGAAUGGAAAAGGAAUUUCAACCGGGAAAUGCUAAUCAAUCGAAUUCGGAAUGUCCAUUUCACAGAGCGUGAUUAUGGCCCUGAGGCGCCGAAAAUCGCCGAUCAAGUGAUCGAUUUCUAUGUGUGGGAAAAUGCACCAAAGCAUCAUGAUCCGCUGCUGUGGAUUAAUAUUGAGCAAAGGGUAAGAUAAAUAAUAUAGUUCUCAAAACAGGGUGGAGAGAUUUUCAAAAAAAGAGAUGUAUGAUCUGUGUGGGCAACGCCACAAGUCUGAAAAUUAUAGCUUGUGCGCUUCGUCAGCAUGAACAAGGAGUUGAGCGGUCUUUGCAGGCGAAUGAUUAUAGAAAUGAUAACAGGCGUUCAUUAAUCUUUUGGAGUAUGUUAUGAACUCUAUGAUAGCAAAAACGUUUUUAUUACACAGCACGGCAUGUCUGUACAGUCCACCACCGCACAAUUACUGUCUCGCAACUUUUCAAAUAGCGACAGCGAGUGAAAACCCCGUACAGGGCUUCGAGUAUAGUAUCAGUCUGUCGGAAAAAUAAUGAGCACAGUGUCGCUGCUCGGAUUUCGUCGCUCAGUUCACUUUGAUUUUUCGCUAAGUUUUGGACACAGUAAAUUACUGCUAGUUAGCAAUUAUAUAUUAUAUCAAUUGCCAGAAAAAAGCUGCCACAAAGAAUCUUUCAUUCUCCUUACAAUUUUCUUCAAAGACAUUCAGAUAUUAAAGGUUAACUUCUAGAUUCUCAACCACACCCGUUCCAUAACUCCAAUGUUCCUCGAAUACCGCGCCAAGCACCUGAAUGGCGCUCCGGUCUACGUUUAUCAGAACUGCUACUGGCGUGACCACCAUUUCGGCAACGAUCCCAAACAACCUCUAAGGGGAUGUAUGCACGUCUCCGAGAUGAAGCAGUUCUUCAACACGCCAAUUCCCUCCAAAUACGAGUUCAACGAAGAGGAUUUGAAACACAAACAUGUGCUGGUUCAGAGCCAUGUCAACUUUAUUAAGACGUCGAAUCCCAGCUUCGACAGCAUUCAAUGGCCCGCUGUUACGACUAAAGACAUCUGCACGCAUCUGGUUGUGAAGCCGGAGCCGGAGAUCCGGACGUAUUUUGAGGGCGAUCAAAAGUCAUUGAAGUUUUGGCUGGAGAUGGUCAACGAGUUCGGAGACAAGGUUAUAAGAUCGCGACAUGGUCGGAGGAGGAUCGAUGAAUACGAUCAGUCAGCGAUUUUGAAGGCUAGGUUAUGA